ACGUACCAGAAAUAACUGGUUUCAGCAGAGGGCAGACAGCAAGACAGCUCCCUGGCAGACCUUCAAGCAAGGAGCCGCACGGAAGGUCACUCGGUCGCAGGGAGCGGCGAAGAAAGGACACAGUGGCAGUGCUCGCGGGAUAUAAAGAGAAUACAGAACACAAGUCACCAUGACUGAUAACAGGGUUUACAGAACCCGUACAUUAGGUAUCCCGGCUGUAGGCUUGAAAGAUCAGUAUGCAGAUGGCACAGCAGCCAAACUAUGGGAACUGUAUAUUGGAGACAAGAACAAGAGGACUGAUAUUUACAGAGACUUCAUUGUGGGCAUGCUUAGAAAAAACAAUUGCAAGAAUGUUCUCGAUGUUGCUUGUGGAACUGGAGUGGACAGUAUCAUGUUGCUGGAAAACGGUUUCAAAGUGACCAGUGUGGACCUGUCAGACAAGAUGCUGAAGUAUGCUUUGAAAACCCGCUGGAAGAGACGCAAGGAGCCAGCUUUUGAUGACUGGGUUAUUGAAGAGGCAAAUUGGUUAACCCUUAUAGAUGACAUUGAAGGCAUUGGUACAUUUGAUGCUGUGGUCUGCCUAGGAAAUUCCUUUGCUCAUCUUCCAGAUAUGGCAGGAGAUCAGUCUGAGCAUAAGCAAGCCAUAAGCAACUUUGCACAGAUGGUGAAACCAGGGGGAAUACUUGUCAUUGAUCAUCGCAACUACGACCAUAUUAUUGACACUGGCUCAGCACCAACACACAAUAUAUAUUAUAAUAGUGAACAUGUCCAGGAUAUCAAGACUUCAGUUCUGUAUGUCAAUGGGAAGGCCUCACUUGUCACGCUUGACUAUGUGAUGGAUGUUGCUGAUGCUAGGAGGUGUGAAACAGAUUCGGAGAUUGCCAAGAAAGGCAGAUUAGAAGGACAAACAAGGAGUAAUUUCCGCUUGUCAUACUACCCUCAUCGUGUUGCACGGUUUGGGGAGAUUCUCAUGGAAGGUUUUGGCGCAGGAGCAAAACACCAAGUCUAUGGAGAUUUCAAACCAGUUGGAGAAAUUGAAGACCCAGCUUUCUACAUUCAUAUAAUUUCCAAAAAAUCAUAAUGUACAGAUCAGUGGUGUCCCCUGUCCCCGUUGAAAAAGCUGUGAAUAUCCUCAGGGGACAGCAAAGGCAAUCAUUCCCUGUGACGUUGGCUGUGGGCUUAAAUGUUGAGUACUCGUAUGGCUAUGAAUUGAAUACAUGUAAAGUGCUUUAUUAAUUGGUUAAUUUUCCAUCAUACAAGUGUAUGACCUAGUCCCAAAUUGAAUGCUUUGUUUGGUUGGUUAUGCAGAUUAAUGAAAUAAGUGUGAUGAAAGUGAGAUCACAAUUCUCCUUACAAGGAACAGGAAUACAGUAUAUUCCCUUAGUUGCUGCCUUCUCUGCAAUAUUGUGUCCUAUUGUGUUACCU